GACUCGGGUCACACGGUUCCUCUCCUGGCUCGCAGCUCUCGACACUACCUAGUUGUAGAGAGCGUGUUCUUUGAAGUACAGCUGGCGAGGGCGCGCAGCCAAUCCGGAGGCUGCGUUCUGGGCCGGGGACGCAGUCAGCCAAUGAGAGACUCGACCGCAGACAGAAACACCAAAACCCCCGCCGUCAAUCAUGUGUUGUGCAGCUUCUGCUCAGACUGUCAUACAAGACACGAUUUGAAUACAGUUCACACGGCAGUUCUUCACGAGGGAAAAGGAGACGAUGCACCGAAACCGCCACCGCUGAUUGGAAGAUUUGGCACCUCACUGAAAAUAGGAAUUGUUGGUCUGCCUAAUGUUGGGAAGUCGACCUUUUUCAACGUGCUGACAAAGAGUCAGGCUGCAGCUGAAAAUUUCCCCUUCUGCACCAUUGACCCAAAUGAAAGUAGAGUGCCCAUUCCAGAUGAACGCUAUGAUUUCCUCUGCCAAUUCCACAAACCUGCCAGCAAAAUCCCAGCAUUCCUGAAUGUUGUUGACAUUGCUGGUCUAGUGAAAGGAGCUCACGCUGGCCAAGGACUGGGAAACGCUUUCCUGUCUCACAUCAGCGCUUGUGAUGGCAUCUUCCACAUGACACGUGCUUUUGAGGAUGAGGAUAUCAUCCAUGUGGAGGGGACCGUGGACCCAGUGAGGGAUAUGGAGAUCAUCCACGAGGAACUGAGGCUGAAGGAUGAGGAGAUGAUCGGCCCUGUUAUUGACAAGCUGGAGAAGACUGCCAUUAGAGGCAGUGACAAGAAACUCAAACCAGAAUAUGACGUUAUGUGCAAAAUCAAGAGCUGGGUAGUGGAUGAAAAGAAAAAUAUCCGCUACAAUCACGAUUGGAAUGACAAGGAGAUCGAAGUGUUGAACAAAUACUUGUUUUUGACAUCCAAACCAAUGAUUUACCUUGUUAACCUCUCUGAGAAAGACUACGUCAGGAGGAAAAACAAAUGGUUGGUGAAAAUCAAGGAGUGGGUGGAUAGUCAUGACCCCGGAGCAUUGGUCAUCCCCUUCAGUGGCGGCCUGGAGAAUCAGCUACAGGACAAGAGUGAAGAGGAGAAGGAGAAGUACUGCACAGAGCACAAGACGCAGAGCGCUCUGAGCAAGAUCAUCAAGGCAGGCUACGCUGCCCUGCAGCUGGAGUACUUCUUCACUGCUGGACCAGAUGAGGUCCGUGCAUGGACCGUUCGGCUAGUCAUUACAGGCCAAGGAUAACUUCAAUUACUGGUGAGCUGCUGAACAGUGAAAGUGGGGGCUACAUUGAUUGAGGAGGGCAACAAUUGAUUUUGCCCAUUACGUCCAUGAGAAUGUUUCCAUCCUGUGCAGAUCUGCCUGCCCUCCUCCUGCCACUGGAGAUAAGGAGCCUGUGCAUUGUGCCUGCCUAAUCUGUGUGACAGAGGUUGUCUGUGCCAAAAUUGAUGUCGCUUUUCAUUCGACUGUUUGUGGGCCUUGCUGGGAGCUCCUCCUCCCCGUGUGUCUCAGUUUACUGAGCGCAGCCCGCCAAGACCUUUGUGCAACGCGAUCACAGGACUUACAUCAAUACAGAUGGCGAAAAUUAAGCACAGAUAUGAUAAGGUACUUGACCAGUCAUAUUUUGUGUCCAAGAAGGUGGUUUCAACUUUCUAGAUGAAUCUGCCAAAAUGUUUUAACCGUAUCUGUGUUUUAUCCACUUUGAAUCUGUGUUAUGGGGACAUCUCCAAACGCCCAAAAAAAACAACCAAUAUGCUUUUUCGGGGCAAACAAUGAUGCCAUUAUCCCACCUCCGUCUUGGACUUGCAUUCACUGUUGCUUAUCUUUGUCGUCGCCGUCUUGCUCUUCUAGUAUUUGGAAUUUAGUUGGGCUAUUUGCUUUAUUUUGUUAGUUGUCUUGCUUCUUUCUUUCUCAGUUUCUGUUAUUGCACACAUUGUAAUGUAUUCUUGUUCGAAUAAAGAUUUAUUGACAAAAAAAAGUUUUCUACACUGCGCAUGACACUCAAC